GCCCCGUAGGCGGCGCCCGGCGUCUCGUCUCCCAGGGCGCAACGCCAUGGCUGCCUUCAGCGGCGUCGCCCCCGCCGGCGGCGAGGGCAUCCGCCACGCCGAGUACUCGCCGCCCUCCACCAAACAGCCUGACGCGGACAUCGACCGGGGCCUGGCAAGAAGCUUGAUAGCUGUAGGACUGGGUGUUGCCGCUUUUGCAUUUGCAGGUCGCUGUGUAUUUCAGAUCUGGAAACCUCUAGAACAAGUAAUCACAGAAACUGCAAAGAAGAUUUCAACUCCUAGCCUUUCAUCCUACUAUAAAGGAGGAUUUGAACAGAAAAUGAGUAGGCGAGAAGCUAGUCUUAUUUUGGGUGUAAGCCCAUCUGCUGGCAAGGCCAAGAUUAGAACAGCUCACAGGAGAAUCAUGAUUUUGAAUCACCCAGAUAAAGGUUUAGUGUAUGCCCUUCUUUUAUUGAUCGCAGUAGGAUCAAGCACUCGUCUUUUAGAUGAUUGACAGAUUAUUGAUUGUGCCUACUGGCAAGGAAGCAAGUUCUAAAAUGUGGAUCUCCAUACUUAGCAACCAAAAUAAAUGAAGCAAAGGACUUGCUGGAAGAAACCACCAAAUAUUGAUUGAUGCUCAAGGACUACAAUGAAGGGAAAAAAGGGGGUGCUUUAAAAAACAAAGUCCUGUGUAUUUAAUCUAAACCACUACUGACCAUCGUAAUUCCCAUGUGCUAACCCUAAAUAAUUUAUUCCACUGUUACGUGGUAUAAUAAUAAAAGAUUAAUAAUC